AUGCCUGUACCAGCAGCAUUUUUGGGAUAUCGCCCGUUCCCUCCGGUCAUCAACCUCUACGGCAAUUCCUCUGGGGGUGUCAUUGGCGCACUGACUACGUAUAAGCUCUGCGGUGCGGACAAGAGCGAUUUCUUAUACGCCGUUGAGGUCCACCACGGCUUUACCCCCAGAGGACCGCUCAAUUUCAGGCCGGGCUUCUACCUGCGGAACGGGACAGGGACCGAGGCCCCUAUCCUGGCAACCGCCGGCGACGAAGAGCGAGAACCCCUUCUGAUGUCGACCUUUAGCGUGAAAAGUCUCAUCAUGGUGCCGCCGCCGCUGGACGAGGACGAUGUCGAGUUCAACCUAAACCCCCGCGACUUGGUCACCGAGAUCAUGUACGCCACAACGACUAGCGACGGUAGCGUCUCGUUCCGGUUCUCCGUCGAGGUCGGCCCUAAGAUAAAAGUUAGAGAGGAAUUCGAAUGGAGGAAGACCCGAAAGGGCACCACCAACAGCAACACCCAGCACAGCCGGUAUAUUCUUAUUCGCCUGCCGCCCUCGUCCUCUUCUACCUCACCUUCUUCACCAUCUUCUUCUUCUUCCAUAGCACAAGAGGAAAGCGAUAUCCUUGCUGAUCUUACGUUCCGCAAUGCGAUGUCCUUGCAACACUUGUUCACAUUGGAGCUAAAGGGGGCUGCUUGUUCGGGAGUGAUGGGUGACCGUUGGACCCUUAUGGUUGUCACCACCGCGCUCAGGCUUUAUUGGCUGCGUAUAUAUGGCAAAACCAAUAAGGCUGUCGUAGGAAUUGGGCAGAAACUCCGGGGUAAAUAG